UGCCACGACAACCCAAAUGAUGAUCCCUAGGUGUGGCGUUUCAGACCAUGGCCUUGUUAUGACCGUGGACUAUGGGGACCAAAAGAAGCCCAACGAUUAUGCAUUCUUCCCUGGCGAACCUAAGUGGAACAAGAACAACCUUCAAUAUAAGUUCGGGCCCAAGAGCCGCCCUCCUGCCGGGUUGGAGGAACCCACCAUCAAGGCGGCCGUCAACAAGGCGUUCCAGAGCUGGAAGAAUGUAACAGAAUUCACGUUCGACUAUGUUGCCAAUACUACCGCGCCGGCUGACCUGAAAAUUACGUUCUAUUCUCGCCGCCACGGAGACGGGACUCCAUUUGAAGGGGCUAAAGGGCCCACGGCCCAUGCGUUCAGGCCACGUAUUGGAGAACUCCAUUACAACGCAGAUUAUAAAUGGAGCGAUGACCCAAGCCCAAAGGAUAUGGAUCUUGAGUCCAUUGCGGUGCAUGAGAUUGGCAUACAUUACGGCUUCUUCACAGCGACAAUGAGGCAGCGAUCAUGUACCCUUACUUGAACCACGGGCAAAUCAAGCGGGAAUUACAGAGCGCUGAUAUCGAGGGCAUCCGUAAACUCUACGGGUUGCCUUGAAAAUAAAAACGACGGUCAAAGAUGUAUCACUGCUUCGUAUGGAAAUGGAGGUCAACGUAUAUAUAUAUAAUGCUCUAUAGUCUUACUGAAAUAAAAGGAGAUGCAAUCUCUUAGAACAAUGCAUGAUGUUUGUUUACAUGCGUACGUACGCUGUAACGAGUAAUAUACUAUAAUUAAUAUAUAUAAAUUUGAAUAAGGGUUACUGUUGCCA